AUGACUAUUGCUGCAUAUGCGUAUGAAACAAAUGAAGCAAGAAAAGCACAUGAACUAGUAAACGAAAACUCAACUUUAACCAUUGAAGGCAAUGAUUUAGUCAUUGACGAUGGAAAAACUAAAAAAGUCAUUGAUUUCGAUACUUUUAACACUUAUGACCCAUUCAUUACAAUAAGUAAAGUUCCUAUCAUAAAUGAUGGAACGGUGCAAUAUAUAAAUUCUACAGUAGAUGCCUCAUUAGUGAAAGUACUGAAUGUUCUCAUUGAAUUGUUAAAGAGCUUUCGAUUUGACGACAACAUUAAAUGCCUAAAGAAUUUAGUCAUGAAUGAGAAACAAAUAUUAGGAGUUAUUGGUAGCAGUAAUGAUGUACACCUUAUGACAUUAGAAUAUUAUAACGAACAUAAAGAUGAACUGAAAGGAGAGAAUGGUGACACCGGACCUCAAGGACCACAAGGAAUACAAGGAAUACAAGGACCUCAAGGCGAAAACGGUUUGGAUGGUGAAGAUGGAAAGGAUGGAAAAACUGCUAAAUCAUGGAUAUGGAACCUUAUAAAUACUGGUUUAACAGCUGCUUCAUAUGGAGUUCUUCAAUACCAAAUCGGAAAGAUAUGGGCAGUACUUGGUGAAGAAGUUUUAGAUGACGUUAAAAAUGCUUUGAACUUCAUUUCAAAUGGUUCGGAUACUAUUAAAACUUUAUCUGGUUGGAUGCAAGAAACAAGGAGUCAAAUAGAUACUGUAAGACGUAUAGCAAACAAUGCACGUACGGGAUUGGAUACUUUACGAGAAGCACAAAAUACACUAAAGGAAGCAAAUGAUAUUCUUGGCUCAGUAUCAGACAUGCAUGAAGAUUGGCUUAAAGGUAUUGACAAAUCUUUAAAAAAUCACAGUCAGUCUAUUGCUGACUACAAGAAAAGUAUAGAUUUUUUACAUAGUGCUAUGGACGUACAUGAUGGAAGCAUAAGGAACUUACUUAAUGCUAACAAUAACUUACCAGGAACUAUUAAAGCAUUUAUAAAGUCCUUUGUAAAACCUGGUGCUCUAACAUUUAGGUCUUUGAGAGCAAGAGCAUUGAAGUCAAGAGAUGCAGAAACUCCAACAGAACCUACAGAAGGAACUGAAACAACAGAAACUCCAGAAGAACCACCAAAACCAACAGCUAAUGAAAUAUUGUUCGAAUAUUUUCCAAGGUACUCUGUUCUCAUUGCAUACAUUCAAGAAAUACUUAAGAAAGCAGACUUGACUUUAGGAGAUGAUGAAAGUUCUGUAUAUCUUUCGUUCCAGUUUCAAAUAGCAGAACUUUUGAGACAGAUAUGCUUAAUGUAUGACAACAUCUCUGAUUUCGCAAGAUAUGAUGACGACCAUGACCCUGAACACGGUGAAGAAGAAGUUUUACAAACAUCCAUUAAGACAGGAAAGGUUUUAACUCAAAGUCUCAUUAUUGACACCAAAGAUGGCGAAGUGGACGUUCUUCAAGAGCUGAAGAAAAAUACUUCUUCGGGAGGUGGUGGUAGGCAUGAACUUGAAAUAAAUGAGAUAGAAGAGAAAUUAGCCGAAAAAGCAGAUAAAAACCAUGUUCAUUAUAUAAGUUCAGACGAACAGAUUAUAACGGACUACCAUGGAUAUUUAACACAGGAUGAACAAAUAAGCACUGAAGAUGUUAAUGAAAGAAGAUAUAAAUUCAUUCGUGCUAAAGGUUAUGACAUACACUGUACUGUACAGUAUGACACAGGUAAAGCACCAGAAGCAUUUGGUUAUAACAAUGAAAUUUAUGCUUCAUACUUCUUUGUUAACGGUGUAUUAGUUGAACCAAGAUUUACUUUGAGAGUUAAGGCAAAAAUAACUUUUGAAGAUGCUAUUAAAAGUAAAGCUGACAAAGAUGAACUUGACGCAACGAACAAAGUUUUGAAAUCUCAUAAACACAAUAUCUCCGAUAUAAAUGAACUUCAAGCUACAUUAGAUAAAAAAGCAGAUAAGAACCAUACACAUGAAUCCUUCACUACUGUUAGAGCAGACGACAUAAUAUUGAACUAUACCCUUGGUUCAAGUGCACCUUUAGAGAAUCCAAGUACAAGCGUAAAAGAUACACUAAACUCCUUAAAUAGUAAAUGUAUGAACAUUGAAGGUCAUGUCAGAAACUUUGAAACAUAUAAACUACCAGCAAUGUUAGAUAAAAAAGCAGAUAAAGAACAUACAUAUAACUCCUUCUCAACUGUUAGAGCAGACGACAUAAUAUUGAACUAUACCCUCGGUUCAAGUGCACCUUUAGAGAAUCCGAGUACAAGCGUAAAAGAUACACUAAACAAUUUAGAUAACAGUUGCAGGAAUAUCGAAGAUCAUGCCAGAAACUUUGAAGCAUAUGAACUACCAACAAUGUUAGAUAAGAAAGCAGACAAAACAGAGCUUCAAACAUUAAAGACUGAAAUACUUCAAACAUUAUAUCCUGUUGGUUCUAUUUAUACGUCAAUGAACUCAACAAAUCCAGAAACAGUUUUAGGUUUUGGUAUGUGGAAGCAGAUUGUAGAUAAAUUCUUAUACUGUGCUAGAUAUUCAAAGCAAACAGGAGGUUCGAAGAAAAUUAAAGAAGCAAACCUUCCACCGCACACUCAUACAGGAACUACAAACACAACAGGUAGUCAUUCACAUUCAAUAACAAAAAGAGGUUAUACAAAUCUUGCAGCAGGUUCGGAUAGACAGGGAAUGAAUAGAUAUGAUAUUUCAAGUGACCCAGUAGAUUCAAGCGCAGGUAUUUUCUGUGGAACCACAGGAAAUCAUUCACACACUUUCAUAACAAAUCCAACAGGUUCGGGUGCAGAUUAUAUGCCACCAUUUGUGACUAUAUUCGCAUGGUACCGCGUUCAAUGA